UGUGAGGUGGCAGUCCUCAGAUUUGGCUUGGCCCUGUUCUAUCCAUUAUAUACUCACUGUUUUCAGUUUUAUGCAUAGUUUACUGUACAAUCAAACUCUGUAGUUGUCGAAACUGUGCAGUUCUUUCCUAGUCGGUUCACAGGUUUCCUCAAAGUUCUUCUGUUUCCCAAGGUGGUGGGUUCCCGUUUCCUACUUUGCUAGUUGCUACAGAAGUAGGAACCCAUUGUACAGAAUCAAAGAUAAGGUAGGUACCGGGCAAUCUCUAGACUCUAGCUAAAGAUUAAAGCUCUUGAAAUUGAUAAAGAAGGGCUUGAGUUUCGUUCCAGCAAGCAUCACAUCAGUUAUCCAGCUACAGAUUGUUUUAUCUUGUACACCUUUCUAUUCCUGCUCCAUAAUGCUAGUUACUAGUCCUGUUGUCUUCGUAAGUGGAUCUCGUUGACAAUCGUAGAUGGAACUAUACAUUUGUUUUCCUACUCCACUGCUAGUUACUGCAUUUGUAAAUGUGUUUAUUGGAAAAUCCAAAAGCAAAUUCAGAACUGCAGUGGAGAAGUUAGUGUCCAUGUCCAGUAUAAAUCCAAAAUCUAGUCAUUCAUCUUUAAUAUUUUCUCUAGUACUAUGAUCUUCUCAUGGGUUUCUUAAGAAAAUGUUAGGUGCUCCUUAACUUGGUUGUGAUGUGGUUAUAUUUUCUUGUUUUUUUCCGAAAGGGUUAUAUUUUUCUUAAAACUAGUAAUGUAUGUUCUUCAUAAGAUUAAGAUCGUCUAACUUAUACAUACUCGUGAUUGGCCCACAUGCGCAAAUAUCGCCAGUAAGGUGCAAUUGUUUUCUUCAUUUCUGUGCAGAAUGGCCAAUGGCAUCAAUCUCCCCGUGUUUAUUAAUGCAUAUAUGGUUGGAGCAUAUUCCUUGGCAGCAUGCCUGACACCUGUUCGUCUUCUGGGGUGUUAUGUUCAGCAUACUUUUUAUCUUCUAUCAAAGGAAGGCAGAUUUCGAACUUCUUUUCCUUCCAAGGUAAAGAAUCACAUUUCCAAUGGCUUCGCUGGACAGAAAGGGCCCCAGCUUUUUCAGGAGCUAUUUGACUUCCCACCCAGCUCAUCAGUUUGAUAACCUUCCAUGACAUGUCUACUGUUGCCUGUAGUGACCAUACUGAGCUGGCAUAUCAAUUAGGAAAUUUCUGCCUUGUUAAAAGUAGUGGCCCUAGCCGCCCUACUACCUUUGGUAUAUAGUGUACACCAUGCACAUCAAACGUUCUCUUCUUAUACCAAUCCCCUUCACUUGCACUUAGCCCCAGACACAUUAGAGGGAUUCAUAUCCAAAAGCCAUGUUCAAUCCUUCUUCCUCGCUCGCUCCCACCUACAGUGACCCCUCCAUGCACCAUGCAGUGAACCCCUCUGGUGAUUUGCACACAGCUCCGACCGAAAUUCCUCGCGGCACCGGUUUCCUCCAUGCCAAUGGUGGCCUGUUUUCUCCGGUCGAUGUUGCUGCUUCAGCGCCGCCUUCCUGCAUCUCUCCCCUUCCUCCCUACAAUAUCAACACGAUCACCAGCACACACCCCUUACCAUUUCACCUCCAGUCUCUUGAACCCCUCAACGGUAAUGCUGCCUUCUCUUGCCCGUCUCGUUCGACAUGGCAGUUGCAUCCACCCCCAUUUGCUUCCUCCCCUUCCUCGUCCUCUGGUGACUUCUUUGAAUUCAGCAGCUCCGAUACCAUGCGGCGUGUCCUCAGCACCGGUGACCUGCAGGGCAACAAUGUUUCGCCACCAUUGCCGCCACCGCCAAUACCGCCACAAUUUCCAGGCGACAACUGCAGCCAGGAAGCUGGUGAUCCUUUUUCAGAGAAGGUGGGGCGUUACAGCGCCGAGGAACGGAAGGAGAGGAUCGAGAGGUACCGCGCCAAGCGCCAGCAGAGGAACUUCCACAAGAAGAUAACUUACGCUUGCAGGAAGACGCUGGCAGAUAGCCGGCCGAGGGUGCAGGGCCGCUUCGCCAGGAACAUGGAGGCGGAGGGCGACAUGGAGACGGAGGCGUCUGACAUCAGCUACGAGUACUGCCCAUACAACAACCUCGGCGGCAACCGCUACGACAGCCAGAGCCAGUGCGUGGAAACCGUCGGUGAUGGCACGGCGUUUGACGACAGCAAGUGGUGGUGGGGCACGCCGGUGGCAGCCAACAGGCAGCAGCAGCUUGGUUUCGACGUCGACGACGACGAAUCCCAGCUGUGGGCCAGCCUCGCUGACAUGUGCUAGCUCCGCCACCUGAUUGGUGCUGUCUGGUCUGCUGGUGCGAGGAGCACCGAGCGGCGGCGGCGGCUGCAGUGGUCAGAGCGGCGUCGCUGACCUUCUUAAGCCCGGCCCGCCACCGUACCCGUAGUGCAUGCAGCUUAAUUAUUUAGCCUUUAGUAGAAGAAAGAAGGAAAGAAAGACGAGGAUGAAGAGGACCUCUCACUCACCUCCCAGCUUCUUCUCCGUGUGUUCCGUCCGAGUCAGUCAGACAGUUAGCAUUACUUUCUACUCGUGUUUUACAAUCUUGUUCCAUAAAGCAUAGCCCUGCUGUUGCUUUCUGCUACUCCAUUGAUACCCGAAAAAUCAAAACAAAUCUCCUUGCCGUAA